UUGCUUCUGAUUACACAAACAAGCAAAAAUGGCAACACCAACAUCAUUAUUGUUGCCAGACCAGCAGCAACAACAGGCAGGAGAAAUAGGGAGUAAUUCGGAAGCCGUACUACCGGGAAGUUCUUCGGGUUCUUCAGGGUCAAUUGGAUCGUUCUUUGCAGUUAUGUCGGUGUUAGUGGUUCUUGCAAUAGUUUCAUGUGUUGUUGGAAGAAUGUGUAGAGAAGGUAAAAUAGAGUAUUCCAUGUCUCGAUUGGAUAGUAUAAGAUAUAGAGGGUGUUUUGGGUGGGUGAGGAGGAAAUGGAGAAGGUGUGUGGAUGGUCAUGGUCAUGAUGUUGAAGUUGGAGCAAAAGUGGUGGAUUUUGGUGGAAAAGGGAAGAAUGUUCAGGCUAAAGAUGAUGAGGUUGAGUUUCCUAGAGAUUGA